AUGGCCUCUGAGCAAGAAACCGCCGGGCAAACCGCCGAAGAGAAGUACCAGACCUUUGAGUGGAGGGGCAACGCGGAAUGGAUGGCCUACCUCGAUAACAUCUAUCCUGUGCCCGCUGCGGACAAGCUCGAAAAAUAUAAGCGCAAGUUUUACAGACAGAACGUGGAUCCCACGUUAUCGCUCGAGGCGCCCUCGGCCACCACCUCAGCCACGGCCACCACCUCAGCCACGGCCACCAGCCCGACUACAAGCAGUGCGAACCAGAGUCCGACUCAUAUGAGUGCAAAGUUGUGGGUACCUAUAGCGCAAGCGAUGUUGGCCACUGCAUUGGUUUGCUUACUCGGUUCGAUCUUACCCAUUCGAAUGCAGCGUCAGUUUUCAAUUGUGUCACGACUGCUACUGGCAACGGGUUUUGUCGCGGCGAUGGUGAGCGAGUUGGGACUCCCAAAGCUCUCCUUACAAUACUGGAACGUGGCCAUGUUCAACACCCAUUUACAGGCACUCAUUGUACUAGUAGGCGGUAUUCCAUUACGCAUGGCAGUUGCGGCCUACUCUCCCGCCAUCACGGCACUGAUAUUCAUCGCCAAGACACGUGGUAUAAGUCAUCCUAUUCUCACAAGACUCGCACUCAAUAAACCUUACCUUGAAAUUAUGGUCGGCUUCGUAGCACUCUUCUCCGUACUACUAGGCUCCACCACUCUCAUUGGCACUGUCCUCUAUUGGAACACUCUCCGUAUCCUCUACGGAGUCAACCUUCAGACCAAAACUGCUUUCGGCCGCCUUCACCAAGCCCUACUCACCUUUACCGGACACCCACGCGUCCCGCCGGCCGUUCGGACCUACUACGUUAAAUUUGCUGACUUCGUCCACUCCAAGUGCGAACCCACAGCCUAA